AUAAGAGGGAUUUACGUUCUAACGGCCGUCGCUCUCUGUCAGGACUACGCGGCCGAAAAGCCCCGGUUCCGCUCGACGUUCACUCCCGUUGCUGGUGCUGGUACCAUGUCCGUGUGUCAUCGUAUGGAGAGGAUUGAACUUUGUCUAUAUUUACCAAGGAGGGGAACCAAUACAAGGUCUCGCUGUCUCGCUGGAGCGGAGUAUUAUUAGCAGUUCAGACAGUGCAACUGUCUCUCUGUGGUGGUGCAUUGCACACUGGCAUCAUAACUUGUUCAAGAGUAAAGUGCAACCGAAGGAGACUGGAUAUUCAAAACGUUAUUUUCUUUUCUGAGCAAGCGACAGACAUCACCUGGUUCCCAUGCUGGCUUCGAGAAGUCCUCUCCUCCACGCCCACAGCCAUGCCUGCUACCGCCAAAUCCACCAGGAGACAGACACCUGCUCUGAGGAAAAAAAGCCAGAGAGAGAUCACAAUCAAGCCCCAGACCCGUAAUUCUGAGAAAUCCAGAGGGAAAGCCGCAGAAAAGCCCCUGAAGCCACCAGCAGAGUCCACAAGAUCAACAACAACAACAACUAGAGCGCAGGCAAAGUCAGGAAGAAGCCCACGUGGUAGAGGUAAAGAUGCCAGCAGGUCCCCUGGCAGAGUUAGCAAUCCUCGAAGUGCAACAGGACCCGGAAGGGCUAGGAGGUCAACCAGUCAGGCUGAAAACCGUGGUAAGUCACAGGAACCUUCAGGUCAGAGGAGGUCCCAACGGGACACGCAGGUAUCCGCUAGUUCCUGUCGGCCUCCUAAACCACGCAGAGGAAGGAAAAAAAGCAGGGGGUGCGCAGGAAGAAGAGCUUCAUCCCAGCAGCAAAAGAAUAAAAACAAACCUUCAAAUGUUAAAGAUCCUACUCAUGACAAAGCUAAUGAAGAACUGGACAAUAGCGGCGAAGACAAAAUUCCCAGAGCUGAUCAUGAAAAUGUUGCUGAAGCUCCUCCAGAUGUUAAAGAGCAGGGCCUUGGAUGUGAGGGCAGCUCUCUUAAAGAGGAUGUGUGUGAUAACACACAGGAAAACGACGUGCAGAACAGUUGUGGCAGUGAAGACUCAAAGACCGUCAGCUAUAACUGCAAAGGUGACCUGAAGCAAGUCACUGAGGUCACAGUUAGCCAUGACACUGACGGACAGCUGAGUAUCAGUGACAGGAGGGAAGAUCACGCCUCGGGCACCUCAGAUUUAACCAGCAGUGGCUCGUUGGGGGUGCAGAGAGGUGGUGAGGAAAACGACACCUCAUCCAUCACUAGAAAUGAGCCUGAUGAUGUUCCCAGUGGUGGUACGCAGGAUGACGGGUGUGCUGUCCAACAAGAGGAGGGUAAGAUGUUGGAUGUGAAAGAGAACGGGGCGGAUGAAAGCGGAUCAGUUGUCACAGAGAUAAAAGACGAGGCAGAUCAUGAGAGAGAAGAGAAUACAGAAGCAGAGAUGAUUGUUGAACAGCAAAACGAGACCGCGGAGGAGAAGAAAGAAGUUGCUGGGGGUACCUGUGAGAGCGAAAACGGAGGAAACAAAAGAAAGCUAAGCGGCAUCUCCAGCAGCACGGCUCAGUUCCAAACCAGCACUCCAACCAGUCAAACCCCUGAUCCACCUCAGUGUAAUAUGGAACUGAGUGCACACGUGUUACUGGUUUCCAACACAGCUACCUCAAAUCCAACCAAAUCCCUCUCCACCUUUGUUUCUUCUGAGCUUGGAGCUGUGAGCAAGGCCGAAACAGAUAUUCAAACUACCCUUCAUGGUGCUAAACCUCAACACCCAGAUUCCUCAGCGGCUCCUGCCGCGGCUCCGAAGGUGCAGACUGUUAUAGUGAAAAGAAACAUGCCGGUGAUCGUCUGUAGGGACACCCUCAAACCUAGAAACAUAGAAGACUCCGUCAACAGAAAACAGCCAAACCUAGUGGUUCUUUCACCCGAGGAUGAAAGACAAGAUUUCACACCAACGGAGAUCAGAAACAGAGAAUUCAAUCAAGAGAAGAGCUGGAAAGAAACAUCCGUACUCUCCUUUUCACCCCUUAUUCAGUCAAGCACUGGCGCCCCCGCAAAAGUUAAUAAACCAAACCUCGGCGAGGACAGCGUCCAGGUGGCAGUGGAGGACUUAGUGCCAAAGAUCUCGACUCCUACUCUUGACAGCAGCUCCACCCUCUCCUACAGCUCAGAAAGCACUCGCUCCUCGUUUUCUUUUGACACCGAGUCCGAGACGGGGUACGGAGAGGCCGGCCUGUUGGCUCUACCUGGAUCUGGGAGCUCGGGAGACCCGAGCUCGCUCUCGUCUCUGAGACCACAGAGGAAAGAGAGGAGGAAGCGUAGCAGGUGCGGCUCGUGCGAGCCGUGCCUCAGGAAGAUUAACUGUGGCCAGUGCAGCUGCUGCCUCAAUCGCAGGACGGGCCACCAGAUAUGUAAGCUGAGGAAGUGCAUGGAACUGAAGAGGAGAAGGUCUUCAUCUCUAAUUGGUCCCUGUGAUGCACAGGUGGCUCCAGAAAGCGGGUUGGUAAAUGGCAAAGGCAAAGGCAAAGCACAGAUGGAUGGCACCGACAUGGCAGCGGAGGAGGAUGAAGGGGAGGAAGACCACAUACCUCAUUUACAAUCUCACCCCAACGCUCGGUUACUAAGCCACAGCCUGGUCUCAGACCACAGCAGACAGUCGGCACUUAUGAAAAGAGGGUCUGGGGUGGAUUUCAACAGCAUUGCGCUUCACCAACAUGUAUGCUCUUCUGUGAUGUUUCACAAUGGUUCUGAAGAGAACCACGCAAAACCUAACGGUGCUAACACGACCAGUGGGUCACACUCGGUCCUGAAAUCUAACUGUAAACGGACUACAAUGGCAACGGAGCUGCAGAGGACAAUAAUCACUGCGAUUCCUAAAGACGGCCCCGCGGGCGAACUCAAGACACUUCCGGACGACGUGCCGCUUCCACUAAAGAAGAUAAAACUGGAGGAGCCAUGGUUGUUGAUCACUGAGCAGACCUCUGCACCACUGAGUACUGGAGAUGGUGUGGCCGAUGAUCCACUAUCCAUGCUGGCAGCUGUGGUCUGUCUGUCCGUCACAGAGAGAAAGGGACUGGAGGAGAAACUCUUUGGAUCACGCUCUUCUAUUCUUCGCUCCAUUAAAACCGAGCCGGCAGAUUUGCACUUUGUGAAAACAGAAAAAAGUGAUUUCAAGAAUAAUUUAUGUCAGAAAAGCACUCCUGUUGCCUUGCAAAGGAUCCCCCUGCCUGUCAAAAGUGAACCUCCUUCAAAUGACUUGUUACCAAGCGUGCAGUCUUUGGCAGAGAGGAGGAAUCUCAGUUUUGAUCAGGCUGUUGCGAUCGAGGCCUUGACUCAGCUGGCAGCUAUACCUCAAAGCACUGCAGGUUCCAUCAAAGCUGAAUAUCCACUUUCUUCUGCUUCCCAUUUCCCAACUUCCAGUACUGUUCUUCACGAAGCCAAACCUACAGCAGCUAUUCACUACAACAAAGUGUCGGUCAUCAGCUCACCACUACACCAGACGUCAGUGAUAUGCCCUCCUGUGGCCCAGCAAGGAAACGUCAUCCAGUGCUCCCGGAGGCUGAGCUCCGACUCAAAUCCGUCUGUUCCAGGAGACUUAGAAAGGGACAAAAUGCCUCGCAGGUGGACAGAGCAGGGCUACGGUAUUCACGUCAUCAAGUCACAAUGCAGCUUUAAAGAGUCCAGUCACAUAAGGUUCAGUAAGGAUCCGCAGCAGCGGAUUGAGGAGGACAGGGACAGGUUUGCCAGUAAGGUGAGGAGGAACCGAGAGGAGGAGGAGGUGGCAGCUCAGCUGGCGGACCUGGCCUUCAUCAUCCAGUCACGACACAACCAGCCGUCGGAGAACAACCCUCCAAAGGGAAUGCCUGUCUCAGCUAUUAAAUACAACUACAAAUCCCAGCAGCCCCCCAGUCAGAAAAAGACCUCCAUUAAAAAAAUAAAAGCAACUCCUCCAAAGCCUCAGAAGAAGAAAAGCGAUGGGUUACAAGAGGGAAUCAAGCGCAGGACCCCGCUCUCUAAACGCACGUCGAAUGGAGAGACACCCUACAGGGGCAGAGGCCAGAAGAACCUGCUGCGUGGGAAAACAGGACAUCACCACAAGAAGAACCUUUUCCUGCCUCAGGCGCAGAUUGACCUGAAGAAGUAUUUGGCCGAGACUCAAGAAGGAAGGAGACAACUCAUCCAACACAGUAGCACCCACAAUGCAAGUCUCUUAGGGCAGCAGGCUCAAAAUUACAGCACUCUCGCACGAACGAGCCACACUUACAGUCAAGAAAGCCAGCUUUGCAAUGGGACACCUCACCAACACAACCUAUGUAAUGGUUUUGAUGCAGGACCAGAAGAGGUCCCCUUAUUAUCUCAGGUAGCGCAGCCUUGUGGUGGGCUGCAGCACGGUGCUGAUCCCAAUGCCAGCCCAGCAAGAACUGCUUUCCUCAACCACGCUGGUGGGCACCAUGGGCUGGCCAACAGCUUUUCUGUGGCACCCCAGUCCCCCCCUCCAAGUCAACAGGGCUACUACAAGUUGGAGAGGUCAGGACCUGUCACUGUCUUGUCCACGGAGACUGGUGGGGUUCUGGGGAACUCCACAGAGUCCACUCCAACCAGAAACAGCAUCAACAACUUUCUGGAUUCCCCCAUGAGCUUCCUUGACACCCCAGUGAAGAAUUUGCUCAAUACACCUUCCAAAAAACUGGCCGAUCUUCCACCCUGUCAGUGUGUGGACCAAAUCGUUGAAAAGGAGGAGGGUCCUUACUAUACUCAUCUCGGCGCGGGCCCCAGUGUUUCUGCAGUCAGGGAGCUGAUGGAGAACAGGUAUGGGACCAAGGGAAACGCAGUGAGGGUGGAAGUUGUUGUUUACACUGGGAAAGAAGGCAAGAGCUCCCAGGGGUGUCCCAUAGCUAAAUGGGUGAUCCGGCGGGCGAGUGAGGAGGAGAAGCUGCUGUGUUUGGUCCGCCAGAGACCAGGGCACCGCUGCGACGCAGCCGUGCUGGUGAUCCUCAUCCUGGCGUGGGAGGGAAUCCCACGCUCAUUGGCAGAUCACCUCUACCAGGACCUCACAGAGACCCUCUUUAGAUAUGGCUCUCCCACCAGCCGGCGCUGCGCCCUCAACGAGGAUCGCACAUGUGCAUGCCAAGGUUUGGACCCGGACACGUGCGGGGCUUCCUUUUCCUUUGGCUGCUCUUGGAGCAUGUACUACAAUGGCUGCAAGUUCGCUCGCAGCAAAGUGCCUCGCAAGUUUCGGCUGCUUGGAGACUACCAGGAGGAGGAGAAGAAGAUAGAGAGCAAUCUCCAGAACCUUGCCACUAAUCUUGCUCCACUCUACAAACAACUGGCUCCUGAGGCUUUCCAAAACCAGGUUGAAAAUGAAGCAGGAGGGUGGGAUUGCCGGCUGGGCACCAAGGAGGGUCGUCCUUUCUCCGGGGUCACAGCUUGCGUAGAUUUCUGCGCCCACGCUCACAAAGACACCAGCAACAUGAACAACGGCAGCACUGUGGUUUGCACUUUAACAAAGGAGGAUAACCGUGCAGUGCGCAACAUACCAGAAGAUGAGCAGCUUCAUGUUCUGCCGCUUUACAAGAUGUCUGACAAGGAUGAGUUUGGUCAAGCGGAGGGUCAGUGGGCUAAAAUCCAAAGUGGUGCCCUGCAGGUUCUGUCUUCCUUCCCCCGAGAGGUGCGUUUGCUGGCUGAGCCGGUGAAAUCGGCCCGUAAGGUAAGACAAGAAGCUCGUCUGAAGGCUCAAGCUGAGAAGAUGGAGAAGAAGCUUGGGCUGGCUGCUCUCACACCUGGGAAGGUGAAAACGGAGACGCAAAGCAAAGGAGAGGAGGCGCUAGGCCUGUACAGCUCUUACGGACUGCCUCCCAGACCUGCCAGUGUUGGGAGGUCUCCACCAGAGAGAAGUCAACCCAGCGCUUACAGCCAGAGCACUGGCAGCUACUCCUCUCCAGGAGCUGGGGUCACACUGCAUAGGGAAGUCCUCCCCAGCGUUCACCAUGGCCUCCAUUUUGGACAGAACAGCUCAGCUGUCAGUUAUGAGACAGGAAGUGGCACCCGGAGCGGUUAUUCUCCAGCAUCUCGGGAGCAGGGUUCUCCUUUGGAACGUAUACCUCCACUGAACACCCUUAGAGACUAUUCCUUUAAAACUGAGCCAAGUGAGGUGCUCUGCUCUGCCCUGCACAGACUCUCCCCCAGUGGAAGCGCUCCUCCCCCGCACCCUUCCUCCCUCUCCCCCCGACCUACCUCAGAGGGCCUCUUCAGCAGGCUCAAUGGACUCCUGCGACCUGCAGGAGAGGUUACAGCGGAGGUCAGGGGUCACGCACUCCCUCCACACUCAUCUCCUCUCUUUCAGACCCCCGCCCUCGAAGCUGAAGAAGUGAAGCAAGAAGAGGUGUGGUCCGACAGUGAGCACAACUUCCUGGACCAUGACAUUGGCGGGGUUGCCGUGGCACCGUCACACGGCUCCAUCCUGAUUGAGUGUGCACGGCGGGAGCUCCACGCCACCACCCCCAUCCUCAGACCAAACCGCAGACACCCCACCCGCAUCUCCUUGGUCUUCUACCAGCACAAAUCCCUGAACGAGCCGGGCCACGGGAUGGCUGUGUGGGACGCCAAAAUGGCCAAGCGGGAACGGGAUCGGGAGGAGGAGGCGGAGAGAUUAAGAACGGGGUGCAGCUUGAGCAAAGAGGAGAACGGCUCUGGAGGGGUGGAAGGGGAGGAGGAAGUAGGUGGUGAGGGAGAGGAGAUGAGGAGAGUUACAAACAUCCCAACACGUCAAGCUUGGACACUCCCUAGAGACGGGGUCAUCACCGUGUCCCCGUACGCUCUCACACAAGUGACCGGCCCAUACAAUCGCUGGACUUAGUCGCCACAUUUCACAAACACACAAAACUCCUGAAACAAUGCGCUUCUGCCUUACCUCAAUCCGCUUCAAACCGCCUCGCUCCUACUCGCGUCGUCUUCUUUGUACUUUUCUAAAACCCACAGACUUCGUCCUUCUCAGUCUCUGCCUUUACGACGAGCAGAAGGACCAAAGCUUUUGCUGUUUUGGGCUUUUUAACUGUGAGUUUUUGGUGCUGGUUUUUAAUGUAAAGAGAUGGUGCUUCGAAGCAUUUAAAGAUGUUUUUAAACUGGCUUUAUACACGUGAUUAAGAACAAAAAAAGAUGUGAUUAUUUAUUCUGAUUCUAAUGAUUUCUAUUUAAUUUCCUGUGUACGCCUGUUUACUGCAAGAUUUCUAUGAUGAACCUGCAUUGAGUUGUGCAGAAGGAGUGUACUUUUUAUUUCAGCCAAUCGUUUCUCCUUGGCUUUUAUACUGGUGCCAUUCUCACUGUAAACCUUGUUUUAAACAAACACCACAUCAUGGAGACUAAUAACGAGCUUAUAUUUACUACAGACUGUCACAUGUAGCACGGUGAAUGAAAUGUACUUCUUUGGUUUGUGUUCUUUUUUUUUCUUCCAUCUGGAUGUAUUUUUUCUGCUUAUUCUUCACAAAUAGGGACGACAAUAAGAAGCACUUUGUUUCCUAACUUGAAAAAAAUAAUACACAGUCUACAAACCUGAAUAUGCAUGUCCAGACAGACUCAUACACAUGGUCACGUCUUUGUUUCUCAGUAUUUUUAUUUGCUUUAUAAAUGGCAUACAUAUCUAAUUAAAUUAAAAACGCUGCAGGAAUCAGGAAAUGCUUGUUAGCUGGACACUUCAUUUAUACCGAGCACCUGGAAUUCAACUUUUUCAAUGGGAACAAGUGUGAUUUUUGGGUUACUCUUCAUUUUACUGGUGCUACAGAGACUUGCUGCAUGUUUUUAUUUUCAUAAAGGUGCAAAACAUCAGCUACAUCAACUUAGUAUUGCAAGUUUAAGAACAAAAAACUGUUGGCCUCAUGCUGAAUUAUCAAACUACGGCAUAAACCAUUUAAAAAAGCUAAUGACUGCGAAAUUUCGAUCGCUCAACCCAUGUGGGAACUUUGUCUACAGGCUGUUUUCUGUUAAAAAAAAGGUGAGUGAAUCAAGAUUUUUUUAACCCAUGAAAGAGAAGCUCUUCAUUUUAACACAUCUAAGACUUUUUUUUAGCACAACCCUUUACUGGUAUGCACACUAACACUGACGACAGCAUUUCAAAUCAAAUAAAUGUGGUUUUGUACACUCUUAACCCUCUGGAGGCAGGCGUUGCAGAUUUGCAACAUUAAAACCUACCUGGUUACUCCACAUACAUACUUCAUGAGCAUUUUUUAACUCAGAAGUACCCCUGAAGGACUUAGUUGUUCGUCCUUUUAUCAAAACUUAUUUUGAGCCUGAGAGGGUUAAACUCUCUUGGUGCUAAUGAGACAAGAUGUCAAGGUGCGUUAACACGUACAUUGAACCCACCACACCACCGACCCAACCUGGUUCCUUACUGUACAACGGUGAUGGCGUGGUGCUUUUACAUUCAACACAAAGUUUGUUUUAUUCUUCUUUGGAUCAAGAUCAGACACAAAUGCAUUCAUCGUGUUUGUUCAGUUGUCCACGCACAGUCGAUGUCUUCCGUCAUUGUUCAAAAAUGAAUGUAAACUAUUUAGAAUCCAUUGAUAUAGAAAGAACAGUUUUCAAGCCUGGUGGGGCAAUUUUUUAGUUGUAAAUGUUUAUUUUUGUUUUCCGGGACAUUUUCAAACCACAUGGAACAUUUUUGUAGAAACCAGUGAGCACCAGCAUUCAGAAUAACUGUAAAUAUGUAUGUGAACCACAUUGUUUUUACUGUACUGUUAAUCGUGUUUAGACAAUGGAUGAUCUGACUUGGAAACUGAAUUACUGUAAGUGGCUGAAAGUAUGUUCAGUUUAGACCCAAGAAGAGACAACAUUUAGCAUUCCUUCUAUGGAUGGCUGAUCUCUUUCAGGAUUGUGAAAUAAAGUCAUAUUUAUAUUUUGGACCUUAUAA